ACAACAACAUGGCCGAACAGGGUGAAGCUAUUGAGCAAUGCUGGAAUAAACUUUCUUUAAAAGAUCAUGAAGAUGAGGAAUCUAUUUAUAAAUCAUUUCUUCAGAAAAAUAAGGUUGCCAUUGCUAUGUUGCGCCAGUCUCUAGAAGGAAGUUAUAAUUGUAGAAUAAGAUGGGUCAAAAUAGAUGCAGCUGAUAUCAACUUUCCUCAGCCUUUUUCCAGUUCAACAAUUUUGUUUGGAAAAGAUAAAAGUGGUCUUAAUUAUAGGUUAAGGACUGUUUUUAAGAAAGCAUAUAACGUCCUUGAUGCCUACUUCAGCUCAGACCCAGACGACCCUAUUCUACCUGAAGAUCCAAACGUUAAACGAGCAUUGGAGUUGCUGCUGAGAUUUGUAAUGAACUCUGAAAAAGUAUGGAAUGCACUGUAUGAAGGUGAAAAGAAAGGUGAAUGGAAUUGGACAUUGAGGUUGGCCCAGCAUGUUUUUACACAGUUGUCAUUGUAUCCAAAGUACAAGUAUGAUAUCAGCAAAGAUUACAGACGUCUUGGUUGUCCUUGUCUACAAGGAGAUAAGAUUCUUGGAGAAAGGGAUGAUACUAGCUUUGGUUGGGAAAAUGGUUGGCAUGGUAAGGUUGACAUAUUAAUGGCAGGCAUCCCAGUUUAUGAAACAGCAGAAAAGGGUGAAGAAUCAAGUCAGUUGUUUAAAACAGAUUCAGAAUCAAGCAUUAGCUGUGAAAACAAGGACAAAGGCACAACUUUCAGUUAUAGGGAAUAUGGACAGAUUGGAGCAGAAACAAUUUCAUUUUCUUUUUUAAAAAACAGAGAUAAAAACAAUGACAUCUCAAUGAUACCUUCUAUUGCUGUUACGAAAGAGCUGGUUCAAAUUCAUUUUUAUGAUUCAAUAAAUGAUAUAUUUCUACAGAGUGGUCCUGUGAAAUUGUCAGCUGGAAGCUAUGGUGAGGAUAUUUUCAGUUUUCCUGCAACUCUUUUGAUCUGGUUGGCUGUAAACUAUAAUUUGUUCUAUACAGGAAUUGAGGGGCUCCCGAAGUCGGGACUUCAUGAGCUGAUUAAUGUUGAGAAACUUAGCAAAGAAAUUAAGGCACCAUGUCACUGGAAAAAAGACAAUGAUCAGAGUUGGUUUUUAAACUCAGACUGGUGUACUGCACUGUUUUAUGAUUAAAGAAAGGGUUAGCUGUUGUGACUGAUGGCAGGACUGGCAGAAGCAAUUUUCCGAGUUGCCCGAGUUGUACAUUUGCGGGUCUGGACAACCGACAUUUUGCAUUUUGCUUGUCCGUGUGAAAGUUGAGCAUCUACUUUUUAUGUUUGACCAAAAUUCCAAUUCAGACCCUCAAAACAAUAUUCAAGUUGCCUGAUUUUUCUUUUGAUCCACACUCGCUAAUUGCUUAUGUAAAUAUACAUUUAAUUCAUGCCACUUAAGGUAUAAUUCAAGCUCCCCCUACUUAGGUACUUGGGAGAUUUUCCUCAGAAGUGUGAAAGAAUGAAAAUAACAGAAUUCAUUUUGUUGUGUCCAGUCUAUAUCUUUUUAUACGCCCGAAGGAACGUAUUAUGUUAUCACUGGAUGUCCGUUUGUCCAUCCGUUAGCAAUUUCUUGUCCGCUCUGUAACUCUUGAACCCCUUGAAGGAUUUUGAUGAAACUUGACACAAAUGUUCACAACAUGCCAUGGCUGGCUUCAAGGAGUCAGCUAUGUUGGCUCAAGGUCAGAGGUUUGACCCUUCCAUUUUGUGUCUGCCCUGUAUUUCCUAAACCCCUUGAAGGAUCUUCAAAGUCAUUGAUGUCCUCAUACAUGGACUAUAAAAUAUACUUAAAAUGUCAAUGCUUCCACCCAAUACCAUCAGCCCUUUCACUAUCCAUAACAGUGGUGGGGGAUAUAGGUGUCUUUCAGAUUGCUUUGUUUCUUUAAAAUCUGUGAUACUCUCUUAUAGAUCACUCACUAAAGUUUUUAUGCAAUUUCCUGUCAUAAGUUGUGAAUUUUCUGUUCUGAAAAAAAAAAUGUGUUAUAUGAACUUUAUCCUUAGGCUCCUCCUUCAUCAAAGAUUGAACUUCCUUUAUACCCCAGUCACACAUAUGGCACGGAUAGCUACGUCUAGCCACUGAUAGAAACGUAGUAAUCCGUAUCAAUCCAUACCAACACUUGGUCAAAACGUAUUCAAGACUUAUCCCAAACUUGCAAGUUUCUUCAACUUUUGAACAUGCACAAAAGUUUGAGCGAUCCGUAGCCAUUUGAGUGUGACUUUAGUCCAACUUGGUUGAAACUUAUUCAUCCGUAGUUAAACGUCCUAAAACGUAGUUAUCCAUACUGAAACAUACCUUGCCGUAGCUGAACGUAGUUAUCCGAGGCUGCCCGUACUUAAUCGUAGUUAAACGUAGUUCACCGCAGACUCGUCCGUGCGCUGGGCAAGUUGCCAGGUGCAGUAAAACGUAAUUCAGCUUAGUACCCUGUACCUAUCCGUACUUAUUUGCGUCCUGUAUUGUUUUGUUUGUUCCCCGUUUCUCACCAUUUUUCCCGUACUAAGACGUACUGCUCCGUACUUAUCCCCCAACAGACCAAUUCCAUCUGCACCGUACCUCAACGCACGGACAUAUCCGUAUGUGUGACUGUAGCUUUACGUUUCUGCCAAGGAAUCAGACUUUCAUUCUUCAAUUCCAUGUAUUAAUAGGUCGACAGCUGAACAUUAAUACUUAUUCACAGGUUAUAAGACAUGUCUACCAAGACAGCCAGUUAAAUUCCCUUAUAUUUACUUAACCAAAAAUCACCCAUAAUUCCGUUUUCAUCAGAGUAGUAGAACUCCCAUUAACGCUCCCUCUAGAGCCUUUGAUGAUCACAAUAUAAUUAUUGAUAUUCAGGAAAUCAAAUUCCAAGUUGACAGUCCAGAAAAUACCUUGUCUGAAUUUAAAGCCUGGCUGUUCUUUUCAGAAGGGUAUUAAUGUAUUGCAAAUACAUACCAAAUAUUUGCUUUUAUCCUGGAAUUUCAUCAAAUAAAGAUUUUUAAGUUUUGAUCAUAAAAAUCUUUUUUCUUUUUUCUUUUUAGCUCAUCUGUCACAAAGUGACAAGGUGAGCUUUUGUGAUCACGCGGUGUCCGUCGUCCGUCCGUGCGUCCGUCCGUAAACUUUUGCUUGUGACCACUCUAGAGGUCACAUUUUUCAUGGGAUCUUUAUGAAAGUUGGUCAGAAUGUUCAUCUUGAUGAUAUCUAGGUCAAGUUCGAAACUGGGUCACGUGCCUUCAAAAACUAGGUCAGUAGGUCUAAAAAUAGAAAAACCUUGUGACCUCUCUAGAGGCCAUAUAUUUCAUGAGAUCUUCAUGAAAAUUGGUCAGAAUGUUCACCUUGAUGAUAUCUAGGUCAGGUUCGAAAUUGGGUCACCUGCCUUCAAAAACUAGGUCAGUAGGUCUAAAAAUAGAAAAACCUUGUGACCUCUCUAGAGGCCAUAUAUUACACAAGAUGUUCAUGAAAAUUGGUCAGAACGUUCACCUUGAUGAUAUCUAGGUCAGGUUCGAAACUGGGUCACGUGCCGUCCAAAACUAGGUCAGUAGGUCCAAUAAUAGAAAAACCUUGUGACCUCUCUAAAGGCCAUAUUUUUCAUGAGAUCUUCAUGAAAGUUGGUCAGAAUGUUCACCUUGAUGAUAUCUAGGUCAAGUUCGAAUGUGGGUUAUGUGCCAUCAAAAACUAGGUCAGUAGGUCUAAAAAUAGAAAAACCUUGUGACCUCUCUAGAGGCCAUAUAUUACACAAGAUGUUCAUGAAAAUUGGUCAGAACGUUCACCUUGAUGAUAUCUAGGUCAGUUUCGAAACUGGGUCACGUGCCGUCAAAAACUAGGUCAGUAGGUCAAAUAAUAGGAAAACCUUGUGACCUCUCUAAAGGCCAUAUUUUUCAUGGGAUCUGUAUGAAAGUUGGUCUGAAUGUUUAUUUUGAUGAUAUCUAGGUCAAGUUGGAAACUGGGUCACGUGCGGUCAAAAACUAGGUCAGUAGGUCUAAAAAUAGAAAAACCUUGUGACCUCUCUAGAGGCCAUAUAUUUCAUGAGAUCUUCAUGAAAGUUUGUCAGAAUGUUCAUCUUGAUGAUAUCUAGGUCAAGUUCGAAAGUAGGUUAUGUGCCAUCAAAAACUAGGUCAGUAGGUCAAAUAAUAGAAAAACCUUGUGACCUCUCUAGAGGCCAUAUUUUUCAUGGGAUCUGUAUGAAAGUUGGUCUGAAUGUUCAUCUUCAUGAUAUCUAGAUCAAGUUUGAAAGUGGGUCACGUGCCUUUAAAAACUAGGUCAGUAGGUCAAAUAAUAGAAAAACCUUGUGACCUCUUUAAAGGCCAUAUUUUUCAUGGGAUCUGUAUGAAUAUUGGUCUGAAUGUGCAUCUUGAUGAUAUCUAGGUCAAGUUCGAAACAGGAUCAUGUGUGGUUAAAAACUAGGUCAGUAGGUCUAAAAAUAGAAAAACCUUGUGACCUCUCUAGAGGCCAUACUUGUGAAUGGAUCUCCAUAAAAAUUGGUCAGAAUGUUCACCUUGAUGAUAUCUAGGUCAGUUUUGAAACUGGAUCACAUGCCAUAAAAAACUAGGUCAGUAGGUCAAAUAAUAAAAAAACCUUGUGACCUCUCUAGAGGCCAUACUUUUCAUGGGAUCUGUAUGAAAGUUGGUCUAAAUGUUCAUCUUGAUGAUAUCUAGGUCAAGUUUGAAACUGGGUCAACAGCGGUCAAAAACUAGGUCAGUAGGUCUAAAAUUAUUAAAAUCUUUUGACCUCUCUAGAGGCCAUAUUUUUCAAUGGAUCUUCAUGAAAAUUGAUCUGAGUGUUCACCUUUAUGAUAUCUAGGUCAGUUUCGAAACUGGGUCACAUGCGGUCAAAAACUAGGCCAGUAGGUAUAAAAAUAGAAAAACCUUUUGACCUCUCUAGAGGCCAUAUUUUUCAUGAGAUCUUCAUGAAAAUUAGUGAGAAUGUUCACCUUGAUGAUAUCUAUAUAAAAUUUAAAACAGGGUCACGUACCUUCGAAAACUAGGUCAAUAAGUCAAAUAAUAGAAAAACCUUGUGACCUCUCUAGAGACCAUAUUUUUCAAUGGAUCUUCAUGAAAAUUGGUCAGAAUUUUUAUCUUGAUAAUAUCUAGGUCAGUUUCAAAACUGGGUCACAUGAGCUCAAAAACUAGGUCACUAUGUCAAAUAAUAGAAAAAAACGACGUCAUACUCAAAACUGGGUCAUGUGGGAAAAGGUGAGCGAUUCAGGACCAUCAUGGUCCUCUUGUUUAGUUCACCUGAGCACGAAGUGCUCAUGGUGAGCUAUUGUGAUCACGCUGUGUCCGUCGUGCGUCCGUCUGUCGUCAACAAUUGUAUUUAAACGACAUCUCCUCCAAAACCACUGAAUGGAUUUUGAUGAAGCUUGGCAAGGUUGUUCCUUGGAUGGUCCUCUGCCAAAGUUGUUCAAACGGUUGGUUGCACAUAGGGGCUGCCAGAGUUAAAAGUAGAAAAAUCUUCAAAUGACAUCUCCUUAACCGACGGUCUGAUUAUAGUGGAAAUUAAAAAAAAAAAUCUUGUGUGAAACUGCUGGCCCGAUUUUAAAAUAAUUUCACACAAACGGUCCUUGUAUCAUCCUCUACCAAGAUUGUUCAAAUUAUAUUGAUUCGUCAAAAAACAUGGCCGCCUGGGGAUGUGGUCACUUUUCCCUAUAUGUCUAAAGUGUAAAUUAAAAAAAUCUUCUUGUAUGAAACUGCUGGCCUGAUUUUAAAAUAAUUUUACACAAAUGGUCCUUGUGUGAACCUCUAUCAAGAUUGUUCAAAUUAUUUUGAUUCGUGGAAAAAACAUGUCUGCCAGGGGCAUGGUCACUUUUUCUGAUAUGUAUAUAGUAGAGAAUCUACUUCUAUGAAACUGUCAGCCCGAUUUUAAAAUGAUUUCACAUAACUUGUCCUUGUGUGACCUUCUACAAAUAUUGUUCAAGUAUUUCUGAUUCGUCAAAAAACAUGGCCAUCAGAGGGCGUGGUCACUUUUCAUCAAUAGUUUCUUUAAACAACAUCUCCUCCAAAACCACUGAAUUGAUUUUGAUGAAACUACACAAAUUAUCUCUGGGUAGCCCUUUUAAAAUUGUUCGAACGGUUCCGGUUGAUUGAACAUAUUGGUCUUUUUGGUUUAAAGUAUGUUUUCAGCUAUCAUACUUUAAAAAUCUUUUUCUCAAGAGCUUUGAUAUCUGGCAUGUGAUAUAAUGGUUUGACUGUCUACCAUAAUUAUCUGAAUUAUUGCCCUAAGGUCAAAAAUGGCCAGGCCUCCUGUGUGUGACAUGUACUUACUAUAGGCUUAUAUAUAAGAAACUUUUAAACUGUUUUUCUCUGAAUCAAUAAUAUCUACAGCCUUAGUAUUUGGCGUGUGAUAUCAGAGUUGUACUGUCUACCAAAAUUGUUCAAAUUAUUGAUCUUCAUUCAAAAAUGUGUGUGACAUGUACAUGUAUAUAAUGUAGGCUAAUAUAGAAGAAAUCUUACUCUGUACUUGUACUAUUAUGUUAUACUACUUGAAACUUUGUGCACAGGUGAGCGCUUUAGGAUCAAUGCCACUCUUGUUUAGCAGCAUACAUCAAAACACAAAUGAAGUAUUACAAAUUACAGAUCAUACUUUUCAAAGAAAAAAAAACAAAAAGCUAUAU